AUGUCAAAUAAACAUUUCCUACCAUCAGACACCAACAAACUUGUUCCAAAUUGUCUUAGGGUAAUAACUUAUGAAUACCCAUUCCUUUCAAUCUUGGAACGCGAACGAGUCGUUUUCAAUAACAAAUUCAACAGUUCAAACGUCUCACUAAUCAGUGGUGGUGGCUCGGGUCAUGAACCUGGGUUUUAUGGAUUAGUUGGACCAGGUAUGCUCUCUGCAGUGGCACAUGGUGAAGUGUUUGCCUCUCCAAAUUAUAGAAACGUUAAAGCUGCUGAGAAGAUCACUCAUGAAUUGAAUGGAGACAAUGGUGAUGAAUGGGGUGGUUGUAUUUUCAUAUUGACGAAUUAUACCGGUGAUAAUUUAUAUUUUGGUAUGGCUGCUCAGGAUCUAAUUGCAAAAUAUGGGGUUGACAAGAUUAGGAUCCUUAGAGUCACUGAUGAUGUGGCUGUUCCAAGAACUUCUGGUGCUUUGGUUGGACGUCGUACAUUGGCUGGGAUAACCAUAGUUUCAAAAUUGACUGGUGCUGCGUCUCAAGCUGGUUAUGGUAUUGAUGAUAUUUUUGAAUUUGGUCAAAAAAUUAUUGAUUCAAUUGGGUCAAUUAAUGCUGGGUUAGAUCAUGUUCAUAUUUCUGGAUAUAAAAGUGACGCUGAUUUUGGGAAGUUGAAACCAAAUGAAUUAGAGAUUGGGUUGGGGAUUCAUAAUGAGCCUGGUGUGGAGAAAUUGGAUCAUAUUCCUAGAAAUGAAGAAUUGGUUUCCAUAUUGUUAAAGAUGAUUUUGGAUACUUCUGAUAAAGAACGUGGAUUUUUCAAUUAUUCACCAGGUGAUAAAAUUGUAUUAUUGAUUAACAAUUUAGGUGGUGUUCCAGUUUUGGAGGAGAAGAAUAUCUUAUUUAGUGCAUUGGAGAUUUUGGAAAAGGAUUAUAAUAUCAAACCUGUUAGAAUUUAUACUGGAAGAUAUAUUACUUCUUUCAAUGCUCAAAUAUUUACAAUUUCUUUAUUCAAUGCCACAACAGCAACAACUAAAACAUUUGGAUUGGAUAAAAUCUUUGAGUUUUUAGAUCAACAUACUGAUGCAAUUUGUUGGACAAAUACUAAAUUUGAAAAUGGAACAGAAUCAAUCAACAACAAAAAGCAAAUUAUUGAAAAUUUUGUUCAUUAUGAUGAAACUGAUACAACUGAAAAUUUCAAUAAUGAUGCAAAAGCUCAAAAAUUCUUCAUUGAUCCAAUCAAAUUAGACAAGAUUGCAAGAACAGCUGCAACAAGAGUUAUUGAAAAAGAACCAGAAUUAACAGAUUGGGAUACCAAGAUGGGUGAUGGUGAUUGUGGAUUUGGUUUGAAAUUAGGUGCUGAACUAUUAUUAAAACAAUUGGAUAAUGAAAAAAUCGCACAAUCUGGUUCAAUCUUGAAAGUUUUACAUGUGUUACUCAACAUUAUUAAAGAUGAUAUGGGUGGUACUUUAGGUGCAAUUAUAUUCAUCUUUUUAAAAGCUGUCAUCAAUAAUAUUGAAUUAUUGAUCAAUGAAACACCAAACAUUUCACCAGUUGAUGCAUUCAGUGAUUCUCUUGAAGUUGGAUUGACAACAUUAUACGAUUAUACCAAGGCAAGAGUGGGACAUAGAACUGUUAUGGAUGUUUUGAUUCCAUUUGUUGAAUCUUUUAAAUCUUCACAAGACAUAAUCAAGGCUGUUCAAGUUGCCCAUCAAGCUGCUGAAGGCACCAGAAAGUUGAAACCAAAGCUUGGAAGAGCCACAUAUGUUGGAAAUGUUAACGGUUCUAGUGAAUUACCACCGGAUCCAGGUGCUUAUGGUAUUUAUGAAGCUAUUAGUGCAUUGUCAUUGUGUGUUGAAUAAAAUCUGUAUACCUUUUUUUUUAAUGGACAGCGUACAUAUCAGAAUGAUAUUGCUCUGCACAGCUGAAACAUGCGUAAUUAUCAGACCAAUGCAAUCAUCUCCUU